AUGAAUUCAUUUAUCAUUAAUAACAUACAAUACCAUUCAAAAUCAAGAUUUCCAAACAGUAAUUCAUCCAAUGAUGUAUAUUUAGUGUCUGGUAUAAAUAACGGUUUGAUAAACUAUAAAAAUAAACAACAAAUUUAUGAAAGAGUUGAGAAUGAAAUCAAAGCAAUGAAAUUACUCCAAGAUAAUCCAAGAUUUGUACAACUUGUUGACUAUCAUGAUGAUAAAGACAAUCAAAUCUUUCAUAUCAUCACUGAAUAUUGCAAAGGUGGUGAUCUUGAACAAGAGUAUAAGAGUUUAAUUGAUCAAAAUCAAAUCAUGGAAGAAUCAGAAAUUUGUAAUUAUAUUUCACAACUUUUCAAUAUUCUUUUGGAUCUUGAUGAGCUUGAAAUUGUUCAUUGUGAUAUCAAACCAUUAAACAUAUUCAUUGGCUUCGAUAUAUAUUAUAAUAUUAAAUUGAUACUUGGUGAUUUUGGAUGUUGUAAAUUCAUUGAUAAAUCAACAAUCAUUAAAUAUCAAGAUACAAAAAAUCACAAUCUUGAGUCAACUGUUGUGACAACAACAGGUGUUUCUAAUUUGAAAUCUAUCGAUACAGUCAUGGAUGAUCCAAAUGCAACUCGUGGAACUCAUGGUUUUAUUUCACCAGAAGCAAUGAAUCGACAAUAUGCUCAAUCAUCUGACAUCUUUUCAAUAGGAUCAACGAUACUCAAAUUAUUAUGUUGCCACCAAGAAGAUCAAAAUAAUCAUACUCUAUUCCAACAUACUGGCGAAAUUAAGAUUUCUGAAUCCAGAUAUUCAAAACAAUUGAUUGACUUAAUUCAUCAAUUGUUGGAUCAGAGUCCAAAGAAUAGAGAAUCGAUCAAUCAAUUAUUGAACAAGUAUAUUAAAACUAUCACCGAUCGUCAAACAAUUAGAUUCAAUUUAAAUAUUAAAUUCCGAAAUACCUCAGAACAUAUCACCAGAAUUGAAUUUGGUGACGAUUUUAAUCAACCAAUUCAUUCUAAUUCACUCCCUCCAAAUCUAACAUCAUUAUCAAUUGGAGAUUUUUUCAAUCAACCAAUAUCUAUUGAUGCACUUCCAAAAUCACUCAAACAUUUAUCAUUAGGAUGGUCUUUCAACCAAAAUUUUGAACUAGGAACUUUACCAUCCUCUCUUAAAUCAUUAAUUUUGUUAGGAUUCAACCAAAUAUUAUCAAAAGAUGUGUUCCCUAAAUCACUAAAAUUAUUGGUGUUUGGGGACGAAUUCAAUCAAGUAUUAUCAAAAGGUGUGUUACCUAAAUCACUAAAAUCAUUGGUGUUUGGAGAUGAAUUCAAUCAAAUAUUAUCAAAAGAUGUGUUACCUAAAUCACUGGAAUCAAUGCAGUUUGGAGUUGAAUUCAAUCAAACAUUAUCAAAAGAUGUGCUACCUAAAUCACUAAAAUCAUUGGAGUUUGGGGAUGAAUUCAACCAAACAUUAGCAGUCGGUGUGUUACCUAAAUCACUGGAAUCAUUAAAGUUUGGAGAUGAAUUCAAUCAAAUAUUAUCGAAAGGUGAAUUACCUGAAUCACUAAAAACAUUAGAAUUGCAGGUCUACAAACAUAAAAUUGAGAGAGAAGUUCUGCCACAACAUCUUAGAGAGUUAAAUUUUAAUUUACUUGAUCAACCAUUGGAUAAGGGAGUAUUACCACGAUUUCUCCAAAAUUUAUGUCUUGGCUCUUAUAAACAUAUGAUUGGAGUAGGUGUUCUUCCAUCUUCACUUCAAAGAUUAUCAAUUUUUGAUCAAUGUUUAACAAAAACCAAUUUUGGAACACCUUUACCGAAAUCAAUGGAAUCACUCUUUAUUGGUAGAUAUCAACCAGACUCGAGCAAAGAAGACAACAUGAACUUCCAUUCUCCACUAGAUGAUCUGAUAGAGGCUAACAGAACAGAACUAACCUCAACCUCAUCUUCUCAUUAUUCAUACAAAUUCCUUUCCAAUCUAAAAAUCCUUGGAAUUUAUCUUGGUGGUUUUUUUGAUGAUCUUCACGAAAAAUUCGAAGGAUUGAUAUUAACUUCUUCUGAUGAUUCACUUUCAUUUAUCAAAGAAUUCUAUCCAGAAUAUUAUUCAACACACAAUUUAUCCAAUUUCAGAGAUUGCUCCACUGAUUCUCAAAACCAUCAAAUCAAAGGAGAAUACAUCACCGCUCUACUUUUAACGACACACAUAACACUGGAAAACAAAAAAUCUAAAUAUUUCGAAUAA